CUCCACCGGCGAGCACCCGAGACGCGAGAUGCUGCGCAACUCGGCUCGUGACACCUGAUUGCCCCCCAACCCCCCACCGACGCCCUUGCCUUUGUGCGAGGAUUCACUUUGCGGAGGAUGCGGUUAGCGUGGCGGCGAAAAAUGAGCGUUCCUCUCGGCUCCCGCGGAUGACGACGUCCCACGAUGAACGCAGAUUUCCAAAAUCCGCCGCAAGUCCCUCGAGCGAAGGUCCGAAGUCAUUUGACCAUCCGAGUGCAGUCCAGACGGAUGCCGAGGCCUUGUCCCCCCGGGCGUGGGUCGAAACCUCCUGUCGCCCCCAAACCCAAAGGCGUCCGUGCGUUUGUAGCUCAGGCGGGGCGACGCUCCCCACAGGCUCUCACGAACGGGGACCUGCUUCACUCCGAUGAGGAAACGGAUCUGAAGGAGAAGGACAACGAGGGAAAGACUGAGACGGAGGAGAGGCUGAAUGGUGUGACAGCAGGAGAGGUUCGGGUCCAAACGGAUCGCGGGGCGAUAGCUCGUCAAAAGCAGGACGACGACAUCGAGCGCGUCGGCUCCGAAGACGCGGUCGGCGCGGACGACGCUUCGGCCGCGGACGGUGAGGAUCCUGACCGGAACUCAGUCCACCAAAACGAAGACACGCCCGAUGCGAGUGAAAACGAGGAGCCGGACGGCGGCGAUCAAGAACCCACUGACCAAAACUCCGGUGAAGAAAACCUGCAUCCGAUAUACUCGCCCAGUCUGGGAGAGUCAAAGUGCGUUCAGUUUCACUUGCCCUCGGACGACGGCGCGCUCGAGAACGCGAGGUUCCUCUUUGGGUUCCGCACGCUCCCGACCGUCACCGAGGAGUACCCCUACGAUGUGAUCGGCCCCGCGGAUGACGGCGGUGACGCACGCGAGUCCAGCGGCCCGGCCGAAAGCGCCAACGGCGAAGCCUGGCAACCGGAACGGGCCACCAAAGACGUCUCCGGCUGCUUUCGUUUCACAUCCGGCACCGAGGAUGCGUUCGGCCCGUAUUCCGUCAUCGAAUCCGUUCCGUCGGAUGAAAGUCGCACCGCCGACCCCGAGUGGGGGGAGGAUGACGCAGAUGAAACUCGAGCAAACGCUCAGCCAGCAUCGGCGCCCGGCGACCCGGAGCCUUUCUACGUGUCGACGGACGACACGGACCACCCGGAAGAUGAGCGAGUCCUCGCAGAUGGGGCCCAGGUCGAGGAGGGAACCGAAGACGGGAAUCCGCACGGAGACGAAACAAAGGAGGCCGCGGAUGAGUAUGCGGACAUUGAGGAUCCUUGCCGCCGAGGAGACGAGGACCCCGAGCGGCCGGAAUGCGCCUCGUCCGAAGACUAUGUGGAAAUAGGCGACGAGGACGAAGAGGAAUGGCCCGAAAAGAGACCCGCCAAAGGGCGAAGUGCGCGACAGAGAACGGCUCAACGGGAGCAGGCUUUCCUCGGUCAAAGAAGAAGCUGCCAGCCCCGCCUGCGGCUGUGCAACAUCACCGUGCCGCAAGACCUGGACCUGGGCCGCACCCCGGAGCUUACCAACCGGGUGGUGUUUGCCCACACCACCGAGGCGUUCGAAGAAGACAUCGAGGAACUGGAUUGCCAUAUCGUGCCUUUCCACGAGGACACCGACUCGGACAGCGACGAGCACAUCUACGAGGAGGCCGGCUUUGACUCGGAGGGCGAGAACUUUUUGAACCUGGACAGGAAGGCCGCCGUGACUCGUUCUCGCUCUUAUUCCGGCAAAGUCCCAGGUUACGUCCCGGAGACCGUGCCGGAAGAGACGGGCGCCGAGUACCAAGCGCACGACGAGCGCGCCGUGUCCCCGGAUGGGAACGGCGAGCCGAUCGGAUGCUCGCAAACGCCCCCCAAAUUCCUUUUGUCCGGCCGCUCUGCGGUGAGCCCCGACUCGGCGUUGGCCAAACUAUCUCCGACCGAUGAGCUCCGGAUCAAGAGGAGAGAUGAGGCCCUUUCGCUUCCGUGCGUCCGGACGUCUUCCGGGAGUUUCUCCCAACGUAGUCGCCGAUCAUCCAGUGGCGUUUCCACCCCGACCUCCCUGGUGGACAUUCCUCCGCCCUUUGAACUGGCGUACAUCACCAAGAGACCGGUAACCAAGAGUUCCCCCUCCCUCUCGAUCCAGCACGAUGCCGACGAGAAACUCAAGAAGAAGAAGAUCUCCUUCAAACGCCUUUUGGCCCUCAAGUUCAAGAGGAAGUCCGAUUCGAAAGGCCUCGGCGACGGCUCCAUCCGUUCCUCCCGGUCCUCUUCCGAGUCCAGUCAUCACGGCGCUGCCAGAGUCAUCGAGCUCGACCGUCGCAGCGCCUCCGGCUCCCCGCAGCCGCGGCCGCCGAUCGUCAGCCCCCAGCGGCCUCCCUCGGAACCGCCGUCCACGUUUGCCUUCUACAAAGAUCCUCAGAGGAGGAGAAGUGACCUCAAAUCUUUUGGCAGAGGCCUUUCCAGAGUCGAGUCUUUCGAGGAGCGCUCGCAUCGCUGCGCCGCGCCGCUGCCUUUAACCAAACCCCGCUCCAUCUCCUUCCCCAGUGCGGACACCUGCGACUACGAAAACAUUCCGGCUAUGAGUUCGGACUACGAGAACAUCCAAAUUCCGGGCAGACCCGCCAGAUCGCACACGGUAACCGAGUUUUUCGACGAUCCCCAUCGCGCGGCAGCUCCCUGCAACGAGAACGACGGAUACGUGGACAUGAAUAGUUUCCCCGGGAUAGACGGCAAACCCUCCAAAGCGGACCCUGAGAGCGCCUACACCGAACCUUUCCCGCUGAGCUCAGCCGAGGAGGAGGACCACGGGCGCACGUCGGAAGAGGAAGAAGGGCCCGCCGAGCAAAGCUGCGAUCGGCCGACCGACGGGCGAUCCCGAGCGUUCUACGUCGCCAAGGAACUCGUGGAUUCGGAAAGACUACACGUCAGCGCCCUCAAGUACCUUCAAGAGGACUUCAGGCCAGCAGUGGGCCAAGCCGUGGCCGAGGACGGGGGUCCGCUUCUGGAUGCUCAGAGAUUGGAGGAGAUAUUGGGUGUCCUUCCUCAGGUCUUGGCUCUCCACAGCAACAUCCUGGCUGAGCUGGAGGAGCGCAUUCAUCACUGGGAGGAAGGCCAAAGAGUGGCGGAUGUGAUCUUGUCACAUCGUGAGGACUUCAGGGUGUUUGAUACCUUCAUCUCAGAGUACGAGCGCAGCAUGGCUUUGCUGGAGGAGAGCUGCAAGGUCAACCCGGCCUUUGCCGGCACGGUCAAGAAAUUUGAGAGGAGAAGUGCGGAGGACGCCGAAGUGCCACUGAAACAGCAGCUGCUGCAGGUCCUGGUCCGAGUCCUGCAAUACGGCAUGCUCCUGACAGAUUACCUGAACAACCUCUCCCCAGAUUCUCAAGAAUAUGAGGACACACAAGCCGCCUUGGUGGUUGUGUCCGAGGUGGCGGACCAGGCCAACGAUAACCUGAAACAGGGGGAGAACUUGCUGCGUAUGGUCCACAUCGAAUACAGCUUGAAAGGCAAGCGGGACCUCCUGAAGGCCGGCAGGAUGUUCGUCAAAGAGGGAACACUCAUGAAGGUCUCGAGGAAAAGCAGACAGCCUCGACAUCUUUUUCUGAUGAAUGACAUCAUGCUGUACACCUACCCGCAGCAGGAUGGGAAAUACAGGCUGAAGAACACGUUAUCCCUGUCUGGAAUGAAGGUGAGCAAACCUGCCCUUGACAACGUCCUGAAUUGCCUGAAGAUCGAAGUGUCCGAUAUUACCAUUACGCUCUCUGCCAGCUCGGUUGGAGAGCGAGAGGACUGGUUCCACACACUGAGUCGAGCAAUUGCCGACCACGCCGCGGGACUCUGUACCUUUGGAGGAGCCUGUAAUGAGGCCCGCGAGAAGCUGUGGAUGGCCUUGGGUGAAGCCGCUCCGGUUCCGGUGCCGCCGUCUCAGGCGAUAAUGUGCAUGAACUGCACCUCGGACUUCAGCCUCACUCUUCGACGACACCACUGCAACGCCUGCGGCAAGGUCGUGUGCCGGGCUUGUUCCAGGAACAGAUACCCGCUCAAGUACCUCAAAGACAGGCCGGCCAAAGUGUGUGACCGCUGCUUCGCCGAGCUCAGGAAAAGAGGCGGCGGCGAGUCAGGCGCGUGCGGCAACUCAAGUCCGCCCACUCAUCGGGCCGGUCGCCCCCUCUCUGCAGUCUUCCAAAGCUGGCAGACGCCGAGUCUCUGGAAGAGCAGGAGGAGCACGGUGUGCCUCAAUCAGUUGCCUCACGGGGUGGACGGCUGCGCCAUGAGUGGCGUCUUACAGCGCCGAAAGAAGAGCAAGAGGAAAUGGAAGCGGCUGUGGUUCCUCCUCAAAGACAAGGUGCUCUACACCUUCACGGCCCGCGAGGACGAAGUGGCUUCCGAGAGUCUACCUCUGCAAGGCUUCACCGUCAAGCUGACGGAGAGGCCCGAGGCGGAUGACAGUGGCAACGUGUUCCAUCUCUACCACAAGAAAAGCCUGUACUGCAGCUUCAGGGCCGAUGAUCAUCACACGGCGCGCAGGUGGGUCGACGCCAUUGAGGAGGCCACAGUUUUAUAGCGGCGGCUUUAUCGAAAAACAAGCCAUUCCGACAAUGGACAGUCAGCGGAAACCUGAUCUAUCGACCCGUCGUCUCAUCCCUAUCCCCCAAUAUCCCAACAUGGAUGUCACGGGAGGUUAUCUCGGCAGCAGCUCAAACAGCCACCCGGUAAGGAGGUCACCUGCUCGGCGACCGAUCUUUUUUUUUGUCCUCAAUGCCUUCACUCGAGAGUCCACUCUUCAAGAGCAGCUAGGACAGCGUUAAGAUUGGAUUGUCUUCGCAUUUUGUCCAUGGAGAGCAAAAAAACGGUUUCUUCUGUGUAUUUUUCUACUGUUGGAAGUGAUUGUGCCAUUGGAUUAGGGAUUGUGGAUCGCGCUCUUGGCCACCUUUCUGUGGUGUUACUGCUCUGUAAAAAAAAAAAACAUGUCAAGGUCGUUAUUUUUAAUGCCUCCUUGCUGGCAGAAGCUACAACAACAAAAAAACAACAAUGUGUGGGGGCGGGGGGGCAUUUCAAUAUUUUGAAGGCUUCUUCUGGGUAUAUAUUGUGAAGUCGGCGAUCCAUAUUCUGUAUCGCGUAUGCAGCGGCAACAGGAACGGAGUUUGCAUUUAAAUUGAAGAAACAAAUGUUGAGAAAGUGCCAUUUUAUUUCGUCCUGUUGCGUUCAGCGCAAUUUCCAUUUCAUGAUAAAUGCGCCUGAGUGACAAUUGUUACAAUGCUGUCGUACUUUUAUGGAAGAAUUGCGCUCGCCCCCCCCCCCCUUUGAGCUCCCGACGACUUUGUCUUUUUAAGGUUUCCAGUUCCAACGGAAGUAAACUAUGAACGUAAUAUUGCGCCGCUGUAAAUAUACUACCGAUGGUUGAAAUUGGACUUGAUUUUCAUGACAGAAACUGCCAAUGUCAAAUAAAUCUGAAGCUUUGCACUUCUUCUGAGUCUCUAACGCGGGUGGAUUUCUUGAACAGAGAAAAUGAGAUCUGUUCACGCAAAGUUCACGUCCCCUCGUAUGGAUAUGAAGACAUCGUUUUGCUCACACUUGAUAAGUUCAACGCACUGUCAGCAGACGGAUGCGCAAUAUCGCUCUUAAUAAAUGCACAUUUGUUUUGCCAAGUUAUACAUUUCUUCAUCGGAAAAAAAACACACACACAUCAUACUUGACAAAUACGACGACCUUAUAUUGUGUUCUCAAAUAUUUUUCCAUCUCGGGGUAGAACUUCAAAAAAAGGCAGUCAGAGUCCAAGUGAAGUUUUCAAUUGUUCUUUUGUGUUCCAGACGUUAAGUGUGACAUGAGAUUGUACCUCUUGCAUACAGUGCAUUGGAAAUGUAAAUAUAUACAGUAUAUAUAUAUAGAUAUGGAUGCAUAUAAAAAUAAACUCUCUGAAAAAAUAA